AUGUUUUUUGUUGAUGAUGGCAUUACUAAUGCUGUUGCAGUUGCUAUUACUAAUGAAAAUGCUGAUGAACAACAACAAUCUAUAAGACAUGCUGAACAGUCAAGCACUUUUGUUACCAAUAAAUCCCCAAAUAGUUUUCAAAACUAUUUGAAUGUCAUUAAAAAACCUUAUAUCAACUUUCAAGAAUUAUUUGAUAAAGAUACACUUUACGAUGCUGAUUUGAUUUUACAAACAUUUGCUUCUAUAAAACCACAAAAUAAUGUACACGAUCAGGAUUACGAAGAGGAUACAUUACCCUGCAAAUGGUUGGAUAAUACUAAGUGUUCGCCGAUUUAUGAACCAGUUUGUGUAACCGAUCUAAAUUGUAUAUAUGUUGUACACAAUAAAUGUCUUUUAGAUAAAAUGAAUUGUGGCUGCACUUCCCAUUUUGUAUUACCUUCCACAUUUUGUGAAAAUUUCACACAACCAUUAUUUAAACGUUGUAAUAUUAAGAUUUUCAUACAAUAGUUUAUUAGAUUUUUAGUAUUUUGUUUAAAUUAUAAGAAAUUUAUUUUUUUUAUUAUUUAUUGUAAAACGUGAUUUUACGAUAAAAAUUUUGUUGUUAAUAAUUUUAACGCAUUUGUUAAUAACACGUACAAUAUUUUUUUGUUAAUAUUUAUAUAUGUUUGAUGUCUCAUUUCAAUAUUAUUUAGUAGAGUUACGUUUGUCAUUUAUAAACGUGCGAGUUUAUUUUUCGCAAUUGUUAUUAUAAAAUUAUAUUGAAAGUAAAAUGAUUUAUAUAAGAAUGAAA